GUCAUUUUCAGAGCACCUAUAAAAUCGCUUCAGGAAGUACGUUCUAGCCUUGAAAAUCGUGAUCUCUUCCAGCUAACAUUUAAAACACAACGCCAGUUGUACCACUACCUGCAGUCUGUUGCGUUAGGAAAUCACUACUUUUAGAAUUCUCUCUAAUCACCCAUUAAGAGACGGGAAGUCUGAAACCGUUUGUCACUUCUUGCUGACUGACUAUGACGACUACAAAAGAUGGUUGGCUACUAGAAUCCUUCAGCGGAAUGUGGUUCAGAGAAACGGGAGUCAAAGUUUCAAACAGAAUUCUCAAUAGAAUGCAAGGUAGUUCGGGUGAGACGACUAGUAGCAUAAGCAGUACCAGUAGCAGCGGCAGCGCCGAAGAGACCGGACAACUUGCACUCUUCUCAUUCAUAUCCCCAACACAUCGCAGCGCGGAGCAGCACUAUCUGCGAGCAACUCUCGCGGGCAACAUACAUUUGAAGGAUGGUUUGUUGCUCAGCUCAAAGGAAAAAUGCGUACUUUAUCCACUGGUUCACUUCACAGAGAACCAGGAGACAUUACAGCACAUGCAUCAACAAGGCCAGCUUCUCGAUGAACAUGCACUGGGGAGUGACUUCAUUCUACAUCAAGGAUUAUAUCGGGAGGUGAGAAGCAUUAUUCCAGAGACAGAGUUGCUGUCUUCAUCUCCACAUCAUCACACUGCUUACAUGCUCUUAGGUUUCAAAAAUCUAGAGAGGAAUUUCAGUCAGGUAAUGCUGAACACUUGGAAGGACUGGACAGGAGCACGUCACAUUUAUCUGAACCUUCCUGACGAGCUGGGUCUCACCAGGAUAAGUUUAUACCACAGAGAAGCUCCCCACAAUCUCUCUCUCUUCAUGUACAUUGUACUUGUGGAGUGCAAAGCAAUUACAUCACUGGAGCACCAGGUUCAGUUGUUGGAUUUCGCACAACGGAUGAGAGCAGAGCGUAUGUCUGGAUCCAUUUCUGUGUACAGUUCUGAGCCCCUCUCCAGAAGCCAAUCAGCAACCAGUCGUCAGUUCAUUGCUAGCAACUCGAUGGGAGACAUUUUAACUGGACUGCAUGAUACUCACAUCUCUUCAAAUUUCAAAUGCAACUCAACGCGAUGGUUUCACCCCAGUCCAGAGUGAGUCUUGUGAUGGCUGUGUUUUUGCAAACUGCAGCUUCUCAGCAGUACUCACACAAAAUAAAUCACUGAAAUGCAACAGCACAGAACUGUAUUCUGUCAUUUCAGAAUGAAAGGAACCAACUUAUUUGUUAUGAUAACAAAGAUGACUGAUUUUCAAAGAAGACAACAAAUAUACAUGAUGCAGACACCUUGCUUAACAGACCAGUUGUCCAAAUUAUUUUAGAAAAUUAGUAUUCAUUUAAUCAGUUAUGGAUAUUUAACUAGUUUAGAUAAUAAGUUAGUCCUAGGUUUAAACCAAGCAGGUUAGCUCCAUGGUAACAAUUUUGACUUCUAUUCAGAAAGUAGCCACUUUGAAUCUCAGCUGGAGCACUGGGCAACUUAAGGUUUCUCGUGGCUUUCUUCAGCCCUUCCAUAAGAUACACAUAUGUUUACCACUUACUUCCUGGUAAUUUCCAUUUCACAGUAUAUAACCAUUCACCAACCUCAUGUGAUAUCAUAUGAUCGUUAAAUACCAAACUGAUUUAGAUUUACACUUAGGAGGCUAGGUUAGGCAACGACACAGUAACUUGCAUCAGGAGGUAACCACUUCAAAUUCCACUGGAUGAAAGGUAACCUGACUGAGGUCUUUCAUCAUUUUCCUCAAAUUUUAUAAAUUAGUUGUUAAGACAGUACCUUGAAAUAGGCCAUAACCACUUUUAUCCCAGUCUUUUCCAGUUUAAUUUCAAUAAUCAUUUUCUUAUUUCACAUAACAUUUGGUAUAUCUGCAGCUGAUCUAGAAUCUUCAUAUAAUCUAUGGGUCAACCAAUCUCCCCUCAUUUAAGACUCUUACUGUUCACAUAUAUUUCAAACUACUAUCAGAAGACAGCAUCCCACAAAAAUAAUGGAGGUAAACCUCCAAGCAUUCUUAGUCAUGAGAUGGCUGAGUAAUCUUCAAACUCUGGCCACUUUACUCCAGGGGAGUCUCCAGUAUUCACUGACCAAGGGAUUAAUGGAACUUGGAGUAGCUCCAUUCCCUGGGGUAAAGUGGCCAGACUGUGGAGAUAACUGAGCCAUCUCAAGACUAAGAAUGCUUGGAGGUUUACCUGUUAUUUUUGACAGACUGACAGUCCUCCCUAAAACACUGUUAGCACUUCAUGCAGAAUCUAACAACAGUGCUUUCAUUAGUAAUGACAUCUUAUAUCCAACAUUGAAUGACCAACUCUACGCCAAAGGUCAAACACCAUCAAAAUACCAGUAAUACUAAAAUGGUUGUGAAGAAAGGGAACAGGGGGAAAAAUAUAUUAAACUUCAUAUAAAUGUUUCUUUCUUUGCAAUAAAAUGUAAUAAAUCUGUUUUGUUAUUAAUUA